AAUUCCAUAUUCCUCAAUACUUUUUCUCGGCUACUUUCUUUAAAAUUAUCACAAAAAUCCCAACAAUCAUGUCAUCCCAGAUUUCCGAGGCUGAUCAAGAACUCCUCCUGCUCAAACUCGACAUUUUCAAGAUCCGCGGCAAAGAUAAGCAAGGUCACAAGAUUCUUCGUAUUAUCGGAAAAUUCUUCCCUGCUCGGUUAUUGAUCGUUGAGGUUGUGAAGAAGUAUUUGGAAGAGCAUAUAUCAAGGCUAGGAAAGAGGAGGUUUUCGGUGUUGUACGUGCACACCGGGGUUCAAAGGAGCGACAUUCCUGGAAUCUCAGGGCUACGGUGGAUCUACAAGGCCAUCCCUAUCAACGUUAGGGAUAAUCUCCAAGCCGUAUACUUCCUGCACCCUGGCCUCCAGGCCCAUCUCUUCCUCGCCACCUUUGGCCGCUUUCUCUUCAGCGGAGGGUUGUACGGGAAACUGAGAUACGUGAGCAGGGUGGACUAUCUAUGGGAGCACGUGAAGAGGAAGGAGGUUGAGAUCCCAGAGUUUGUGUAUGAUCAUGAUGAAGAUUUGGAGUACCGUCCGAUGACGGACUACGGAUUGGAGAGUGAUCACCCUAGGGUUUCCCUUUCUCCAUUUGUCUCCAGCUACUCUAUGAGCCUUUAUGAUUCCAAAAUCCGGUCCUAACUGAACCGCCUGGACACACGCAAUUGCCUCUGCAACAAAACCAGUUGGUAUGUGCUCAUUCAGGCGCAUGGUAAAAUUCAGAACCCUCCCACUUGAAUCCCUGACCACUAUCCUCGAACAUGAACUUUUGCUUUGUUUGUGAAAAGCAGCAUCAAAGUUGAUUUUCACAUACGACUCCUUCGGCGAUCUCCAACGCUCUCCCUCCACUCUUCAACCAGGUAACCUCUUGUUAAGUUCCUCCAAUUCCUGUAUUUAACUCGUGAUGAAACAUGCUAUGUCAGAUCCAUUUUGUAGUAUCCCCUCAUGUAGGUAUUUGUUCCUAGCUAUCCACAUGGCCCAAAAUGAACUGGAUAUUACUCGACAUUUUUGUAUUGAGACGCUGUUAUAGAGCUAAACAAUCUCGAAAAGCAUGCUCAACAUUUUCUGCUUUGCCUGUACAUUUGGGACAGUUCACAGAUCCCACCAAUCUCCUUUGGUAUAGAUUGUAUUGAGUAGGCAAAUAACUGAUAAAAAUCCUCCAAUUCAUAAUUUUUAUUUUAGAAGGCAGAUCCAAGAGCCAAAGUCUUUUAUAAAAGGGGUUGUAAGCAUGUUGUUCAUUGUUGAGAGUAGUCGGGUGUAUUUCUUGUAUUAGUAUUUUGUACCCACUCCUUAUCGAGUAUUCCCCAGAAGCCUCACCUCGCCAUACCAACCUGUCCUCCUGUGGUGGACAUGGUAAAGGAAUGCAUAAGAUCCUGUCAGCCUCUUCUUCAUUAAAGGUAAUUUUUAUUUAUCCUUCCCUCCAAUAAUUUGUAGUUUGAUCAAUUAAAUACGAUACAUAACAUAUAUGUUGAUCA